AUGGCCAUGCUUCCGCUUAACGCAGAUGGCCGGCUUUAUCAUCUUGGUCUGAAGCGUGGAGAACUGGCCCCACGCAUACUUACUGUUGGCGACUACGGGCGCGCAGAGCGCAUUGCAAAGGAGUCGUUAAAGAACAUUGUUUUCCAGCACACUUCCGACCGCGGAUUUUCAACAUGGACAGGCUAUUUUGAUGGCGAGCUUGUCUCCAUUGUGUCCAUUGGGAUGGGAUUACCUAUGAUGGACUUCAUGCUGCGCGAAGCACGAACGAUAGUCGACGGUCCGAUGGCUGUAAUCAGAUUCGGUACAUGUGGCUCAUUAAAUGCUGAGGAUGAAAUCGGCUCCAUUUGUGUGUCCACGGCUUCCUGUCUUGUCUCCCGAAAUCCAAAUUAUUUCAUUGCAAAGCGUUCAUCGGCCUCCUCAAAGACCACCACGCCAUAUGCCGUAUCUGAGCUGGAACAGUCAGACACUUCGCUUACCAGCCUUUUACUUUCCUCGCUUUCGGAGGAGAAAGAGGUUGUUGCUGUCUCUGGAAUCAAUGCCACCGCUGAUUCAUUCUACUCUUCGCAAGGACGGCGUGUGGGGGAUCCCGCCUCGAACACAUUGUAUUUUGUGGAUGAAAACGAGGAACUCAUCGAUUCUCUGACCCGCUCCACUCACCCUGUACGGACGCUGGAAAUGGAAACCUUCCAGCUUCUUCACUUGGCAAACUGCGCAUCGACAACCAAAAUCCAUGCAACUGCCAUGGUAAUGAUUGUAGCAAAUCGCCCAAAGAAUCUCUUUGCAUUCUCCGACGAGCGCAAGGAGCUUUUGGAGCGUAUCGCAGGCCGUUGCGCUUUACAAGCCCUCUCUAAACAAUCCCUUCUUUAA